CGUACCAUCGUCGAGUCUGCUUCUUCUUCUUCUCUCUCUCUAGUGGUCACAGUCACUUCACACCCGUGAUAAAACCCUAGGAACCAAAUAUGAUGAACCUCUCGAGAUCCGUCGCGUUGAUCUCUCUAUUCCUUCUUCCUUUGCUUAGUUUCUCUUUCUCCGUCGAUAAUCCGACGGAUCGGCGAGUUCUUGUUCUUCUCGAUGAUUUAUCACUCAAAUCCUCUCAUUCUAUCUUCUUCAACACUCUCAAGUCUCGUGGAUUUGAUCUCGAUUUCAAGUUAGCUGAAGAUUCGAAGCUUGCGCUUCAACGAUAUGGCCAGUACUUGUACGAUGGGUUGAUCAUCUUCGCCCCAUCCACAGAACGGCUUGGAGGAUCCUUGGAUUCGAAAUCCAUUGCUGAUUUCAUUGAUUCCGGUCGUGACCUGAUCUUAUCGGCGGAUACUUCUGCAUCUGAUUUGAUUAGGGGUAUUGCCACAGAGUGUGGGGUUGAUUUUGAUGAGGAUUCUUCAGCUGUGGUUAUUGAUCAUACUAGCUUCUCUGUCUCUGAUGUUGACGGCGACCACACCUUGAUUGCUGCCGACGAUUUAGUUAAAUCCGAUGUCAUUUUAGGAAAAACCAAGAUUGAGGCUCCCGUGCUCUUCAGAGGAGUUGCGCAUUCGUUGAAUCCUACCAACAAUCUGGUUUUGAAAGUUCUUUCAGCCUCUCCCUCGGCUUAUUCUGCUAACCCCAGCUCAAAGUUGUCUAGUCCCCCCCAGCUCACAGGGUCUGCAAUUUCGCUAGUCUCGGUCAUGCAGGCCAGGAACAAUGCUAGGGUUGUGAUCUCAGGCUCUUUGCAGUUGUUUAGCGAUAGGUUAAUCAGAUCUGGUGUCCAGAAAGCAGGGAGUCCGAACCAAUACGAAAAAUCUGGCAACGAACAGUUUGUGACUGAACUAAGCAAAUGGGUCUUCCACGAAAGGGGCCAUCUGAAGGCUGGUAGUCUUGUACACCAUAGGGUUGGAGAAACAGAUGAGCCAGCGAUAUAUAGGAUAAAGGAUGACCUGGAAUUUUCUGUAGAGAUAUAUGAGUGGUCAGGAAAGAGCUGGGAGCCGUAUGUUGCUAACGAUGUGCAGGUUCAGUUUUACAUGAUGAGCCCGUAUGUGUUGAAAACCCUGUCAACAGACAAGAAGGGUCUGUUUCAUACAUCUUUCAAGGUUCCUGAUGUCUAUGGUGUAUUCCAGUUUAAAGUUGAAUAUGAAAAGCUAGGAUACAGUACAUUAUCUCUUUCGAAGCAGAUUCCGGUGCGGCCUUACAGACACAAUGAGUAUGAGAGAUUUAUCCCAACUGCGUAUCCUUAUUAUGGAGCCUGCUUUACUACGAUGGCUGGUUUCUUCGUAUUCAGCUUCGUCUACCUCUACCAUAAGUAGAAUCCCUUAAAUGGUUGUCAAGUCGCAUAAAGUAAGCCAAACCUUCAUAUUUAGAUGAGAAAAAACAAAUUUUGAACUUGAGACCAAUAUUGUUGGGCAACAAGGUUUUCACAUGUUUCUAGAUUUAGCCAGACAGUUGCAACUUUUUUGUUUUUGUUUCCCAGAUAUUGUUUAUGUUAACGUAACUUUACACCCUUUCUCUGCU